AUCUCACCCCCAUGGCUUUCAUGGGACCUGACCCGUGAAGGCUUCUUUUCCAAUGGCACUAAUAUCGGAUCUUAUCCUCAGACUACGUCGCGACCCGCGCCCUUUGUCCAAACUCCCCCCCUAUCUCUCUGCUCUCCUCAUUCUUGUCGGUAUCAUAUGGCUCCUCCUGCUCCCGCUGAACGAGUACUCUCGACAGACGUAUAUCUCCGAAAAUGCGCUGUUACCGGGCCAGGUGCACACGUACUUUUCGGGCAGUGAGCAGAAUAUCUUCCGUGGAUAUAGGCAGGAGAUCGAGGCAGUGAAGGAUGCGGAGUACGAUGUGGUUUCACAAAAAUUACAGUCGAUCUUUCGGGAAUCGGGGUUGAAAGUUGCGACUCAGAAAUAUGAUUAUCGGUCUGCUGGGAAUGUUUAUUCGGGCCAGAACGUUUACAGCAUCAUUCAAGCUCCCCGGGGUGAUGGGACGGAGGCAAUUGUCCUGGUAGCCGCGUGGAAGACGAUCAAGGGAGAACCCAAUCUCAAUGGCGUUGCGCUGGCUUUAACUUUGGCUCGGUACUUUAAGAGAUGGUCUCUUUGGUCAAAAGAUAUAAUUUUUCUCAUCACACCGGAUAGCAGGUCUGGUGCUCAAGCGUGGAUCGACGCGUACCAUGAUAUGCACCCUCCAUCGGUUGAGCCACUGCCCCUGAAGAGUGGCGCGCUACAAGGCGCGCUCGCUUUCGAAUACCCGUUUGACCAUCGUUUCGAAUCUAUCCACAUUGUUUACGACGGAGUCAACGGACAGUUACCAAAUCUCGACUUGUUCAACACUGCCGUAUCCAUAUCUAAUGGGCAAAUGGGCAUUCGCGCAGAAUUGCAAGAAAUGUGGAACCACGAUGAUAGCUACAAGAUGCGCCUACAGACAAUGGUCAGGGGGAUGAUGCGCCAGGGCCUCGGCAGUGCGGCGGGCCUACACAGUUGCUUUAUUCCGUAUCAUAUCGAUGCGAUCACACUUCAAACCGUUGGUCAGGGAUGGCAGGAUGAAAUGGCUCUCGGUAGAACGGUAGAGGGUUUAGUUCGAAGCUUGAAUAACCUGCUAGAGCAUCUGCAUCAGAGUUUUUUCUUUUACCUGCUAAUGCAGACGAAUCGAUUUGUGAGCAUCGGAACGUAUCUUCCAAGUGCAAUGUUGAUUGCCGGCAAUUUUACCAUUAUGGCGAUUGCGUCGUGGAUGAAAAGCGGAUACUCCGGCCUUGAUAUACGGUUGAACCAGGGUAAAAUAGAGAAAACAACGGAAGGACAAUCGGCGGGGGAGGGAAGAAGCGCCUCGCCUGGGAACGGGGAGAACAAUGGCAUCUUGGAAAGGCAUCUUGCCUUACCGGCAAGUUUGGUCAUGGGUUUGCAUUUCUUAGGGGGUAUACCUCUUUAUAUUUUCAACAAUCUCUCACACCAGUUCCUUGCCCCUGCAGCCUACUACUUCGGUUUCAUCAACAUCCUCAUCCCCAUUGUGCUUGCCACUCUCCUCACGCGAUUCCACCACCCAACGGCUCAGCAAUUCCUCCUCAUAAAAUCCUUUUCUCUCCUACUUCUUGGCCUUUUCCUCUCCGCUCUUGCAACCUUGAACUUCUCUCUUUCCUUCCUAAUGGGCCUACUUUGCGCGCCUCUUUCAUUCGUCGGAUACGUCGAGCCCAAACCGACGUCCAUAUUAGCCAGCGCAGAGUCCAAAUCUAUGAAGGCGGGAAAUCCCUCCAAGUCAGCGACCCCACUGACGCCUUGUGUUCUUGCCAAGGUGGCUGUGAGCCUGGUAGUCCUUAACGCCAUUGCUCCGAGUGCCGUGCUCCUCGGGGCCUGCAAGGCGUGGAACGUCUCAGUGGAGAAAGUUCUUACCGAGGCUGCGUUCGGGUGGGAUGUUUGGGGGAUGUGGACGCAGGUUGCCGUGUGGUGUGUGUGGUGGCCCGCUUGGCUGGCUGGAGUGAUGGGAGUGGUGUCAUCGGUGGUGGUCUAAUAUAAUGUAUACAUCUCUGCAUAUGUGAUUGGUGAGGCC